GUGACGGUCAAGGUCCUCAACAGUGACACGCUGAAGAAGACCGUCAAGAACUUCAACCCCAACCGCUACUGGUACGAGGUGGCGGGUGCGGCUGACAGCUGCUGCGGGGGCGGCCAUGCGGUGGUGGCGGUGGCGGACAAGAACCUGGUGCCCGCACCGCCGGGCAACAUUGCUCGGGCGCUGGAGCCGCUGCGGGGGACAGGCAUCACCAGCUUGGCUCUAGUGCCGGUGGUGGCGGGCCCCAGCUCCGCCUCCUCCCCCGCCCCCGCGCACGCCGACCUGUACGCGCAGCUGCCCGACCUGCCGCUGCCGCUGGAGCUGCUGGCGCUGUGCAUGAGCCGGGCGCUGAGGAGGAGGAACCACGAGGG